CCGCCCCGGCCCCGCCGCCGCCGCCGCCGCCGCCUCCUCCAGCUGCACGCCCGCGGGCCAGAGAAGCCAGGCGCUGUGUCUCCAGCAGCAAAAAGGAUGGCAAAGGUGGCCAAGGACCUCAACCCGGGAAUUCAAAAGAUGUCCCUGGGCCAGCAGCCGCCGGCGAGAGGAGCACCCUGCCUGAGAUGCAAAGCCACGUGCCUGGGCUUCGAGCCGCACUCCUGGAGGAAGAUGUGCAGGUCCUGCAAGUGCAGUCAGGAGGAGCACUGCCUCACCUCCGACCUGGAGGACGACUGCAAGAUCGGCGGCCUGCUGGCCGGCUCCAAGUACGCGUCGCUCACGGCGCGGGUGAAGGGCGGUGAUGGGCUCCGCAUCUACAAGCGGAACCGCAUGAUCAUGACCAACCCCAUUGCCACCGGCAAAGACCCCACGUUCAACACCAUCACCUACGAGUGGGCCCCGCCCGGGGUCACCCAGAAGCUGGGCCUGCAGUACAUGGAGCUCAUCCCCAAGGAGAAGCAGCCGGUGACGGGCACCGAGGGCGCCUGUUACCGCCGCCGCCAGCUCCUGCGCCAGCUGCCCGUCUACGACCAGAGCCCCGCGCGCUGCCUGGGACUUGCCGAGAGCGAGCGGAAGCUGAUGGAGGACUUCAUCCAGCAGUAUAAGAGCGAGGCCCUCGGCGUGGGCGAGGUGGCCCUCCCCGGCCAGGGCGGCCUGCCCAAGGACGACGGGAAGGCGCAGGGCAGCAAGCCAGAGGGCACCGAGGCCGCAGCCCCCACCACCAAUGGCAGUAUCGGGGACCCGGCCAAGGAAGUGGAGUAUGUCUGCGAGCUGUGCAAGGGGGCGGCGCCCGCCGACAGCCCCGUGGUGUACGCAGACCGGGCAGGCUACGGCAAGCAGUGGCACCCAGCCUGCUUCGUGUGCGUGCAGUGCUCCGAGCCGCUGGUGGACCUCAUCUACUUCUGGAAGGACGGAGCGCCCUGGUGCGGCCGGCACUACUGCCAGAGCCUUCGGCCGCGCUGCUCGGGCUGCGACGAGAUCAUCUUCUCCGAGGAUUUCCAGCGCGUGGAGGACCUGGCCUGGCACCGGGAGCACUUCCUGUGCGAGGCGUGCGAGCAGCCGCUGGGUGGCCGGGCCUACAUCGUCUCCCACGGCCGGCUCCUGUGUCCCACCUGCAGCAAGUCCCCGCGCUCCUGAGGGACCUGCGCGGCCCUGCUGGCGGCCCCCCGGGGGCAGGGACCGCGGGACAAGAGCCCACGGCCAGCAACUGGGCUGCGGGACUCAAGGCCGAAUUUAUGCACCCCUUGAGGAGGGUGAAUUCCUGGCCAGGCUCAAGUGCCCCCGGGUGGCCCUGCCGUCCCCCGGGCCUGGGUGGUGCCCCCACCCCCACCGGCCUGGACCCCCACCCCGGCCUCCUGGGUGAGAUCAGAAUGUCCAUACGAAGCAUUUGUGCCCAUGAAGCAGCAAUAAAGGCGCCGGG